AUGAAGGGAAGCGGCACCGCCGUCGUGCUGAUUCUCUCGCUCGCAGUCCUCCUCGUCCUGGGCGCCGCCGUCGCCGACGACGCCAUCAUUCGCCUCCACUCCGAUGCGGUGACGGAGGAGACGAGGCCGUGGGACUGCUGCGACCACCCCGUGUGCACCAAGAGGAGCUGGUGCGGCUGCAAGGACGUCGUCGAUCAGUGCUUCCCCACCUGCAAGAACUGCAAGCCGGCGAAGCGAGCGGACGAGUCGGCCCCUUCCGGCUACAUGUGCCGGGAGACCUACCACGGCAGUCCCGGGCCCAAGUGCAUGCUCUGA